AUGCAAUCUUUCAAACACCUGAAGUAUCCAGAAGAGGCAUUGCUCCAAUUGGAAGGCCUGGUACCCUGCCGAGAAUCUCAAGUGUCAACCCUGUUGUCGAUCUUCGGAGAGCGUCAGCAUUUUAGUUUUCCGUCCCUUUUCAUCUAUGGACAUGCAUCCAGUGGAAAGACUUAUGUGAUGCAAACUCUUCUGAAAACCUUAGAGCUUCCCCAUGUGUUCGUCAGCUGUAAUGAAUGCUUCACCUCAAGACUGCUGCUGGAGGAAAUUCUGAGACAGCUCCAACGCCUUUCCUCUACAGGAGAAGAUCUUGCACCUGCUUCCUGUGACUCGUUCAAUGACUUUGUUCAUUUAUUUAAGCAGGGAACAACGACGCCCAGUCUACAGAAUCAAACUAUAUAUGUUGUUUUGGAUAAUGCAGAGCAGCUCAGGGAGAUGGAGGCAAACAUCCUGCCAGGUUUUCUUCGACUACAGGAACUGACUGACCGGAAUGUGACUGUGGUUCUCCUUAGUGAAAUUGUGUGGGAGCUUCUUCGGCCAACUACGGGAUGCCUUGAGCCAAUGCCUUUGUAUUUCCCAGACUACAGCAUAGGGCAUCUGCAAAAGAUUCUGUCCCAUGAUCAUCCUCCAGAGUAUUCUUUUGACUUCUAUGCAGCAUACAUAAAUAUUCUUCUUGGUGUCUUUUAUCCAGUCUGCAGAGAUUUGAAGGAGCUCCGACAUCUGGCUGUGAUUAAUUUUUCUAAAUAUUGUGAGCCUGUGAUUCAAGGAAAAGCAAAUGAACGAGACACACGUCGUCUUUGGAAAAAUAUUGAAUCCCACUUGAAGAAUGCCAUGCAGACUGUUUACCUGCGAGAAAUAUCAAGCUCGCAGUGGGAACAAUCACGAGAAGAUGGAGAAUCUGGACAGCUGAAAGGACUUUCAGCCCAUGCUCACGUAGAACUUCCGUAUUACUCCAAAUUCCUUCUAAUAGCAGCAUACCUUGCUUCUUACAACCCUGCCAGAACAGAUAAAAGGUUCUUCGUUAAGCAUCGUGGAACUAUUAGGAAGAAAAAAGUUCAGAAGAAACAAGAAAAGACCAGCAAUCACCUUCUUGGGCCAAAGGCAUUUCCCCUGGACAGGUUGCUAGCAAUAUUACACAGCAUUAUUGACAGCAGAGUGGCUCCAACUGCAAAUAUAUUUUCCCAGAUCACGUCACUUGUGACACUACAGCUGUUAACCUUGGUAGGCCACGAUGACCCACUUAAUGGACCAAGAUACAAAUGCAGUGUGUCUCUAGAUUUCAUCAGAGGUAUUUCAAGGACAGUGAGCUUUGACAUAACAAAGUACUUGUAUGACUUCUUGUGAAGACCCCAUGAACUUGGUGGCACUGACUAAGGCAAGCUCUGUUUUUCUGUUGACUUGAACUGUCCAGGGAGAGGAGACUUUGGGCUUCACCGGAUUUGUCCAAAACAGGUGUUGGCCCAGCAUGGGAUCUGAUGAAAACACUCAAGCUAGUCUAGAUGGAUCUGAGCAGAGGACUAUUUACCAGAGGCCCCUGAGUCUUUGGGAAGAAUGUGUUAAUUAUAAACAGCAGGGUUUGAGCACAAUCUGUUCUGCUCUUAAUGAUGUUAUCUUAACACUAAAAUUGCCUGAAACCCAUUUGACUAAGGACUGUCUUUUAUACUAUAUUGAACUAUCCCCUGUGCUUUGAACAUGGCAGCAGCCUUGUUUCUAUGCCCAGUCUUUUCACUUCCUCUCCAUGGGAGCCUUUUAAAGCUGCCUGCCAAAGCGCUCAAUCCUAUGGCCACAGUUUAAACGAGAUUGAAAUAGCAAAUAUGAUAAACAUAAAACUAAGGUGGUGUGUGCUU